UAAUUAUAUGGGUGGCCGACACAGGUAGUAUAUCGACGGCUCAGUAUCCGGCUGGGGCGCAGUUAAAAACACACUCUUCACAAGACUGGAUGUGUAUGAAGAGUGUAAACUUUAACAGGCUUGGGACAAGUUAAGAGUUUCCUAUGUUAUACACAUGCGCACUUGUCAGGAUAGGAGAAUAUAUAUUGACGGAUACAUUUCCUUAAGGAGAUAUGAAUGAAACAAUUUCUGGAGACAAUUCAACGGCGAGCAAUGAUACCGAAAAACAAUGCCAUACUUGGCUCGCGGAUGAACUCCCGUCAUUCAGUAAUGUGACGUUGGAAGACCUCAACAGUCAAUUGGUGCGGAGGAAUAUCGGCGGUAUCUGCCUCCUGUCUGUCUUUGUUGUAAUUGGUCUCAUCGGAAAUAUUCACGUUCUGUACAUUUAUUUACGACAAUUCCGGACGUCCAACUAUAAAGUAUAUGUCCUGUAUCUAGCCAUCAUGGACGUUAUUAAUUGCACAGUGGUAGCGCCACUUGUGAUAACAUACCUGUUCUUUCCAAUGACAUACCCGUCGGUUGUGUUAUGCAAGGCAUUCCGCUUCUGUCUGUACCUGUUUUCCAUCGCUUCCACGUCAUCUAUGGUUGUGAUAGCCAUCGACCGCCACAGAAAAAUAUGCAGCCCCCUUGGUCCACAAUUUACUAUAAGGAAGGCUAAACUUUUGUGUGUCGGAAGUUUUGUGUUUUCAAUCAUUCUUUCUUGGCCAGCUACCAUAUUAUACGGACUUAGCUCAAUAGAAACAGGGAUUCCAGGGAUGCAGACUGGCUAUAGAUGUUACACACACGAUGAUUACAAAGGUUCCAUGUAUCAAGUUGUGUUCCAUUUAAUCCUUACACUGUAUUUUAUCGCUGUUACUACGCUACUUAUAAUAGCUUACAUUAAAAUCGGCCGUCAUAUACACGCUCACAGAAAGUUUCAAUCUAGUAUCCGACGGAUGUCUGCUAGAUCGGAACAAGAAAUUAAAAUGGCCACCGGAAAUGCUGCUCGUAAAACUACCUGGACAUUGUGCGCUGUAACCAUAGUUUACAUACUGUGUGCGUUACCACAUCACACGCUAGCGUUACUGAUAUUUAUCAACAAAAACUUUGACUGUGAAUUGUCCUUGUUAGGAUCUCAAAUAUAUUACACAUUUAUCUGGUCCUACUUUGCAAAUAGUGUUGUGAAUCCUUUCAUAUACGGUAUCAGAGACCGGAAGUUUAGAUUUGAAUUUCGUAAUAUGUACAGACGAUAAGUUGUAAAGAGGUUUUUUAACCUUUCGACAAUCAUAUUUCAUAUAUAUUAUUAGUUUUAACAAUGAGUGCAAUUUAAAGUUCUACUUAAGUGCUAACAGUAACUGAGUUUAAUCGACAAACAUAAGGACAUAAAAACCACUGGCAAAUUUUUAUGUACAAAAAUGUAAUAAUCAGACAGUUUUCAUUCGCAUAUAUCGGCGUAAGAUAUUCAAGUAGUAUUUCUUUCGCAGUAUGAUCCCUAAAAAAAUCAAUUACGAACUUCUAAAUUGAUUACAUUUUUGAAAGACCAAAUAAUUUUUUUUUUUUCAGGAUCUGUUUGAUAUCACAUAAUAUGUUUUAUCGACCGUUAACUUACAUUCGCUAGAACAUCAUACAUAUACGUGUGUGUUGUAAAUGUAACGUGUGUUUGGCCAAUUCCACGGUAACAAACAUCUAAAGAUAUAACGCGUUAAAGUGUUUCGAAUGAGGCAACAAUUGACACAUUUUAUGUAUUACCAACAUACUAAAGACAUUUUGCAAAACAUAAUCAAACCUCAUUGUCUCGAAGUCAGUGGAUGUCAUGAAAAAAAAGCCCAGCAAAAACACAAAAAACUUCAAGAUAUACCCAUAAUAUAGAAAUGCUGUCUUCGAGGUAUCAGAGUUCAAGAUAACGAUGUUUGUAUCUUCAUACGGCAUUUUUAUAAUAAACCGGUUUGUCAUUUGAAGGAAACGAAAUGUGGACUAAGAAGUGGCCCUUAAAGUAUAUAAGGAAUGUAUGGUUUGUAAAGAUAUGGAAAUAUCCAGUAGUUUUAACAAAUAGUCAAGAAAGCUCAAAGCCAUCAUCACAUUCGUUUAACAGAAAUCGCGUUUUUAUGUUGCUUUUAUUAAAUACAUUUUGCACUGAUAUCGGUUCAUUCGCAUCAUUAGUUAUCGACCCAAGUUGGGGGAGUACUGUUUAUCAGUCUGUGCAGAGAUAUCACACCCAAAAAAGUGCUUUUAUCACCAUAUAAUCACUUAUGAGAGAUGCAUUAGGACUAUAAUAAUGGAUUUGACGUCAUACGCUUAAAGUGAAAACGUCAUUGAUAUAUUUUUAUUAUUACUUCAUUUCGUCGUUGAGUCCAAAGACGACGAAAAAGUAUUUAUUUUGAGAGGUCUAUCGCAUAUGUGUUAUGAAUUAUUUAUCAAACUGUUGUUCGUGGCUGUCAAACGUUUUACUCAAGUCUAAGAUUUUUGUAAUUUACAUAUAUAAUAUUGAAUACCACAUGCCAUAUUUGUGUCAUUUUGUUAAUGAUAUCCAUCUACAUUUUCGUUUAGGAUAUUUUUGGUACUGUAAACCAAUAAAUAUUCGUGAGCAAGUUCUUUUCGCGAUGCUCAAAUGUCGGAAAAUCGCGAAUAUAAGUCGCCACAAACAUACAUGUAAUAACAGAAUAUGUUGUAAGUGAAAAUUGUGAACACUACGAACUCGCUGAUGAUAUGUCCCUGAAAUAGUAAAUAGGUUAAAUCGACAAAAUGAAUCACCGCUGAAAUGAAUUGGUUUACAGCAUUAUUAUUCCCACCAGAUGUUGUGUUAUGUAGGUAUUGUGCCUGUCUGACUGUGUCAUUGGAAUUUAAUGGUGUCCAGUGCCUGGGGUUAAUAGUUUGCAGGUUAAAGCUAUAAACAUAUCCCGUAAUGUUGUUGUAUAUUGUAUAAAUAUAUAACAAAUUUUAAUUGUGAUUUUAUAGCAUGACGAUAUUAAUGUUUACAAACAGACAUUUUUUUAAAAUUUUGUAACUACGUCAUUGACUCGGAUUGCUACCGUGUAAAGAUGUAUGGGAGAGAGUGAUAUGAGCACUAUAUUCAGUCUAUUUCCAUGCAUUCAGAUUGCUUUUCUUCGUCUGGGUCAAAGCUGUAAUUAUACACUCAAUACCGGGAAACAGUAAAACCUUUCAACUUAAAAGUUUUAAAACAUUUCAUGACAUUUUAACCAUUAAAAUAUUGACAAAUGUCAAAUAAGUAAAAGUGAUGUUUUUUGUAAUGCAGUAAUGAAAUAGCAAUGGGAAAUCACACUUUUAGGAUGAAACACCAAUGAAAACGCAGAACACAUAUUAUCGUAUAUACGAUUGACCAAUAGGAACGCUCGAUAUUAAAGCACAAAAAUCAAAUCAGUAGUGUUAGCCUUUUCAAUGACGUUAGGUCAGACAUAACCUUUUUUUAAAAUGUUGGUAAUAAAAUUAUAUAGUAUCUGUAGUAAUAACAAAUCUAUUUCACCUGUUCCUCUCUCAUGUUUCUAUCAUUCAUGCUGCGCGCUCGUUACAUAUAACCAGUGUUACUGUUUAGUGGUUAAUAUUCGCAGGAAUUUAAAAUUCGCUAAAUAUCUAUAUCCGCGGUCAUUACAUAUAACGCAAAAAUAUAUAGACAGAAACUAGGAAUCGGUGUUACAUGAAAUCUAAUACCCGAUAACUGCUUUCGACUGGGACAAACGCGAAAUAUAAGCCCCGUGAAAUUUAAUAUUACAGUAACCUGAUUGAGAAAUACAUGUGUUAUUAUUAAAGGAAUUAUUUGUUUGAAAAUUAUUUGAGUAAAUGAGCUUUAUUCAUAAUUAAAACACACUAUUUUAAUGACUAUUAUGUGAAAUAAAAUUUCAGAUAUUUCCAAUUUAUUCGUUUUGUUUUGUGAUCAAAAUCAAGGCGAAGAUACAGAGGAUAUUACACGAGUGGCUACGCAAAUUAAUGAAAAUUAAAAUUAUCAAGCGAGUUCAAUAAUACAUAUUUGGCAUAUCAAAUUAUUGAUCGAGGUUAAUGAAUUCCAUAUUACGUAGUCACGAAUGUAUGAUUCUGAUUAUAACAUAAAUCAUAUUUAUGUUCCUCAAACUUAAAAAUAACAAAAUACAUAUAGACAUUAAAAUGGCCACCAUAAGUGACAUUUUAAUAAUAAUUCUAGAACAGUUAAAACAAUUACAUAAAGCAUAAAUUCAAAGUAAAGUUUUUUCCCCACAAGUAAGUUACAUUACAUUUCGCCUUAGUAGGGAUGUAUAAUAGAUAAACACAACUUUAUGAGCAUAUACAUUGUACGUGAAACUUAAAAUUAAUCUCUUUAAGAAUGUCGAAUCUAUGGCAGUAGGUCUAUUUAUUUCUGUACAGAGACAAUCGUAUGACGUCAUAUGUUAUUUGUGACGUGCAUCAUCAAUUAUCUAUGACGGUUAAUUAUUGUUUAUAUAAAUAUUGGCAUUGCUGCAUUACAUAGUAGAACGGGUCAGUUAUGUGAUAAACAUAUAUGCAUGUGUAUAUGUAUGCGAUAUUCAAUGAUUCGCCAGGAAAGGACUUUUGCCUGUUUAAUCAUUCGGUUGUUCAAGUUAUUGUUCUGUUUUGGGCUCGAAUUACAUUUUAUUGACACGUUG